GUGGUCAUUUCGCGCGAAAAGUGAGUCCCGGCAGGAAGAAGUAGUUGCUUGGAAGAAGCAGAGAAAUACAGACGUGAAACAAUGGCGGAUUCCUCAGAGUCGUACCACAUGGCCACCAGCCCCAGCCGAGGCUCCAGGAGAGGAGACCUGACCUCCAGCCCUGGACGAGACCUGCCCCCCUUCGAGGACGAGUCUGAAGGGCUGCUGGGGGAGGGACCCUUGCCUGGAGAGGAGGAAGAUGAAGGAGAUGGAGAGGAACUCAUCGGAGAUGGGAUGGAGAGGGAUUACCGUGCGAUCCCGGCGCUGGAUCAGUACGAGGCUGAGGGAUUGGACCUGGAUGAUGAGGACCUGUCGGAGCUGUCACCUGGAGCCCGGGCUGCUGCCGAGGAGGCCAUGAGGAGGAGGGACAGGGAGCAGGGCAUCAGCGGACGCCUCAGGAGAGGCCUGCUGUAUGAAAGUGAAGAUGAGGAUGAUGAGCGCCCGGCAGCUCGGCGAAGGCGAUUGGCUGAGCGGGCAGCAGAAGGCGGGGCUGGAGAGGGCGAGGAUGAGGAAAUGAUAGAGAGCAUCGAGAAUCUGGAGGACAUGAAGGGCCACUCGGUCAGGGAGUGGGUGUCCAUGGCGGCCCCCAGGCUGGAGAUUUACAAUCGGUUUAAAAACUUCCUGCGGACCCACGUGGACGAGAACGGCCACAACGUCUUCAAGGAGAAGAUCAGCGACAUGUGCAAAGAGAACAAAGAGAGUCUGGUUGUAAACUAUGAAGACCUGGCAGCCAGAGAGCACGUCCUGGCCUACUUCCUGCCCGAGGCUCCAGCUGAGAUGAUCAAGGUUUUUGAUGAGGCAGCUAAAGAGGUGGUCCUGGCCAUGUACCCCAAAUAUGACCGCAUCGCCCACGAGAUCCAUGUCCGCAUCUGCAACCUGCCACUGGUUGAGGAGCUGCGCUCGCUUAGGCAGCUCCACCUGAACCAGCUGAUCCGGACCAGUGGGGUGGUGACCAGCUGCACCAGCGUCCUGCCCCAGCUGGGCAUGGUCAAGUAUAACUGUAACAAGUGUAACUUCAUCCUAGGGCCCUUCUUCCAGUCCCAGAACCAGGAGGUGAAGCCGGGCUCCUGUCCAGAGUGUCAGUCACUGGGGCCGUUCGAGAUCAACAUGGAGGAGACAGUGUACCAGAACUACCAGCGAAUCACCAUCCAGGAAAGUCCCGGUAAGGUUGCGGCCGGUCGCCUCCCACGCUCUAAAGACGCCAUCCUGCUGGCCGACCUGGUGGACAGCUGCAAACCAGGAGACGAGAUUGAGCUGACAGGCAUCUACCACAACAACUACGAUGGCUCUCUCAACAUGGCCAAUGGCUUCCCAGUAUUCGCCACAGUGAUCCUGGCCAAUCACAUCGCCCGCCGUGACGAGGGCGUCGCCAUGGCCGAGCUGACGGACGAAGAUGUCAAGGCCAUCGUGGCUCUGUCCAAGGACGAGCGCAUCGGAGAGCGGAUCUUUGCCAGCAUCGGACCGUCUAUCUACGGUCACGAGGACAUUAAGAGAGCCCUGGCCCUGUCUCUGUUUGGAGGAGAGCCCAAAAACCCAGGUGGAAAACACAAGGUGCGUGGCGACAUCAACGUUCUUAUGUGUGGAGACCCAGGAACCGCCAAGUCCCAGUUUCUCAAGUAUGUGGAGAAGGUGGCGAGCCGGGCGGUGUUCACCACGGGACAGGGGGCCUCGGCCGUCGGUCUGACGGCGUACGUCCAGAGACACCCAGUGAGCCGCGAGUGGACGCUGGAGGCUGGAGCCCUGGUGCUGGCCGACCGCGGCGUCUGCCUCAUCGACGAGUUCGAUAAGAUGAACGAUGCAGACAGGACCAGUAUCCACGAGGCCAUGGAGCAGCAGAGCAUCUCCAUCUCGAAAGCCGGCAUCGUCACCUCGCUGCAGGCCAGAUGCACCGUCAUCGCUGCUUCUAACCCUAUCGGUGGCAGGUACGACCCCUCCCUGACCUUCUCUGAGAACGUGGAUCUGACCGAGCCCAUCGUGUCGCGUUUUGACGUUCUGUGUGUGGUCCGAGACACCGUUGACCCCGUGCAGGAUGAGAUGCUGGCACGCUUCGUGGUUGGCUCCCACAUCAAACAUCACCCUAGCAACAAGGAAGGCGGCGUGGCCAGCUUGGAGGAAAUGGUUCUGCCCAACACGUCAGAUGUGCCACCUAUUCCCCAAGAACUGCUGAAGAAGUACAUCAUCUACGCCAAGGAGCGGGUUCAUCCCAAAUUGAACCAGAUGGACCAAGACAAAGUGGCUCGCAUCUACAGCGACCUCCGCAAAGAGUCGAUGGCGACAGGCAGCAUCCCCAUCACGGUCCGUCACAUCGAGUCCAUGAUCCGCAUGGCCGAGGCCCACGCCAGGAUGCACCUGAGGGACUAUGUGCUGGAGGACGACGUCAACAUGGCCAUCAGGGUCAUGCUGGAGAGCUUCAUAGACACCCAGAAGUUCAGCGUCAUGAGGAGCAUGAGGAAGACAUUCGCCCGCUACCUGGCCUUCCGCCGCGACAACAACGAGCUGCUGCUCUUCAUCCUCAAGCAGCUGGUGGCCGAGCAGGUGGCCUACCAGAGGAACCGAUACGGAGCGCAGAGCGACACCAUCGAGAUAUCUGAGAAGGACCUGCAGGACAAGGCCAGACAGAUCAACAUCCACAACCUGUCGGCGUUCUACGACAGCGACCUUUUCCGCUCCAACAAGUUCUCCCACGACAACAAGAAGAAACUCAUCCUGCAGCAGUUCUAGAAAUCCUCAAAAGGCACCCACCUUCCCUAUAAAAAUAGCGUUUCAUGAACUAUAUUUCAGAGCCCCAAACUGGGUCACAGGUGGACCUGUCUUGGGUCAGCCUCCACAUGGAAGAGAGCGCUUGUGUUUUCAUCACAGUGGACCAAAAUGUGAGAGGCUGUGUUUCUUAUGUUUGGCCCUGAACUGGUUGGAAAAUGUUUAAAGAUGCUUUAUAUGCAAAAAGGCCCAGCAGGACAUCAUUGCAAGAUGUCUAGAAUAUGAAGUCUGAACUUGGGGGUCACCAGUAUGGCUGGUGCCGGCAGAACACGGUCAAAAUAAGCAAUACAACACUUGCUUUUCCAAUAUUUUUUCCAAGUCAGAGCACUGUACACUCGAAAAUGUUUCACUGUGGAGCUAGUUAGUAUGAAAAGGCUUAAAUUGUUACCAUUCAAGCAGUGGUUCCAGUGCAUUUUUGGUUACCUUUGGUGGUUGUGUGAUGUUGGUGCUGGAAAAGGUUAUUCAUGCAGCACAAAUCGGUUUUGAUCUGUUACCAUAUCACUCUGUGGGGGGGUCACUUCAUGAACGUCCUGUGUGGUAUUCUAUUAUAUCGUCACAAAAAAAAAAAAAGAAGACUGUGAUUCCAAAAUGGGGAGCUGCUGUUUGAGAAACAAUCUGCAGCCUUGAUGAAAUGACUUCUUUGACAUUGUGGUUCUUUAAGGUAGCACUUGGGCGAAGUAUCUCCAUCUUCCAGAGUAUGAGUCUUUAGACAGGCAUGGAAACAUGAGUUCAUAUUCCUUCCAUGUUGGGACUCGAGUGAAAAACAUUUCUCCCACGUCUGUCUGGAUCUGCCCUCCGGGUUCAGCUAGUUGUAAAUAAUUCUACAUGUUUGUCUCUGUAUUGUUGGAAGAAACAGGAUUUAUAUCCUGACUCUGGCUCACAUACAUUGUAAAAAGAAGAAAGUGUGUCCUGAAUCUUUUACUGUUAGAAAUUCAAAUGAUGUAUUCUGGAUCUUUGUUAUAUUAAAUUUGUUGCAUUUGUUAAA